CACAAGAAACGUCAGCGGCAGCUGGGCGACUUGCAAGAGCUUGGACGGCAGCGAAGCUGCGCGGAUAGUGCUCCACACAUUUCACGGCCGCAAUGGCCGGCCGUCCUGGAGAAGGACAGCCGUCUCACCACGACAACCUGAUCGACUUCGAUGAACCACAACCACAUUAUUACUCUGGCGCGCGGCCACCCGUAAACGACGAGGAUCUUCUCACGCGCUACGAUAUCGACAGCUCCGACACUGCGCCGCAGGGCAGGCCGUCGGUAUCUUACGAUGAAUUCGUUGGGGGCGGAGCGAACACCUCGAACUUGCCGGGAGGCCCUGGCGCGGCGGCAGGACAGACGCCAUAUCUGCAGACAGGAAGCAGAGCAUACUCGCAAACGUCCGACCUCAACAACUAUCAGCGUUACUCCGACGCCGACAUACCCGUUGAUGAUGACGGGCGGUCAACCCAGGGCUACUAUGCCACCGGCGGCGCGUUCGACCCCACGUCGCCAGGCCUACAACGAGGUGCUUCCAAGAAGAACCACAAUAGGAAUAGUAUCAUGAGUCUAGGUGGAGGACUCACUGGCCGCGUCAAGAACAUGCUGGGGCGAGGCAAUGAGUACUCAGAGAUGGAUUUACCAUUGACAGAGCAUGCAGCGCAGCAGGGUCAGUCGGGGGCGAGCACAUACGACGACGGUCAAUCAGCGAAAACAAAGAAGCGCAGCUCAGGCAAAUUCAAGUUUGGCUUCGGGCGCGGAGCACCGGACCCAUCGACUCUGGGACCCAGAAUAAUUCAACUCAACAAUCCGCCUGCCAACGCUGCGAACAAAUAUGUCGACAAUCAUAUAUCGACAACGAAGUACAACAUCGUCACAUUCUUGCCCAAGUUCUUGUACGAGCAGUUUUCGAAAUACGCCAACUUGUUCUUCUUGUUCACUGCUGUUCUGCAACAGAUACCCGGGAUUUCGCCCACUUCAAGAUACACUACCAUCGUCCCGUUGAUCAUUGUAUUGCUUGUGUCCGCGGUCAAGGAAUACAUUGAGGAUUACAGGCGAAAGCAGUCAGAUUCGCAAUUGAAUAACUCCAAGGCGCAAGUACUUAAGGGCUCUUCAUUCGAAGACACCAAGUGGAUCAACGUUGCUGUUGGUGACAUCAUUCGAGUGCAAUCUGAACAGCCUUUCCCUGCCGAUAUCGUUCUGCUCGCCUCGUCCGAGCCAGAGGGUCUGUGCUACAUCGAAACCGCCAACCUGGAUGGAGAAACCAACUUAAAGAUCAAGCAAGGCAUACCAGAAACCGCUGACUACGUGAGUCCUUCCGACCUCGGUAGACUUGGUGGCAAAAUCCGAUCAGAACAACCCAACAGUAGUCUGUACACCUACGAAGCGACUUUGACCAUUGCGGCUGGAGGAGGUGAAAAGGAAUUGCCUCUGCAGCCCGAUCAACUGUUGCUACGUGGCGCCACACUUCGCAAUACGCAGUGGAUCCAUGGUGUGGUUGUGUUCACGGGCCACGAAACCAAACUUAUGAGGAACGCAACCGCAACACCCAUCAAGACUACCGCGGUCGAGAGAAUGGUCAAUAAGCAGAUUCUCAUGCUUGUGCUUAUCCUUGUUGGUCUCAGCGUCAUCAGCUCCAUUGGAGACGUGAUAAUCCGAUCGACUCGGGCGCAGAAUCUUGAAUACCUUCGACUGGAGGAUUUCAACGGCGCAAAGCAAUUCUUCUCUGAUCUGCUGACAUACUGGGUCCUGUACUCGAACUUGGUACCCAUAUCUCUUUUCGUUACGAUUGAAAUCGUCAAGUACUACACAGGUUCAUUGAUCGAUUCCGAUCUCGACAUCUAUCACGAACCCUCGGAUACCCCAGCAAAUUGUCGAACAUCGUCGUUGGUAGAAGAGCUUGGUCAGAUAGAGUACAUCUUCUCGGACAAGACAGGCACCUUGACAUGUAACGUCAUGGAGUUCCGGCAAGCAUCAAUUGCGGGUAUUCAGUAUGCAAACGAAAUACCCGAGGACAGGAGAGCUACUGUAGAAGACGGAGUUGAAGUCGGCAUUCACGAUUUCAAGCAGCUUGAGAACAACCGACAGACGCACCAGAAUAGGCACAUCAUCGAUCAGUUUCUGACACUCCUUUCGACAUGUCAUACAGUCAUCCCUGAACGAGGAGGCGAAAAGGGUGUAAUCAAAUAUCAAGCUGCUUCUCCUGACGAGGGUGCCUUGGUGGAAGGUGCUGUAACACUGGGCUACACAUUCACAGCGAGAAAACCGCGAGCCGUUAUAAUGGAAGUUGAUGGACAGCGAAAAGAGUAUGAACUUCUGGCUGUGUGCGAGUUCAAUUCGACAAGGAAGCGCAUGUCGACCAUCUUCCGCACACCCGAAGGCAAGAUCGUCUGCUAUUGCAAAGGUGCCGACACUGUCAUACUGGAACGCCUGGAUCAAGAUAACAACCCAUAUGUUGAAGCGACGUUAGCUCAUCUCGAAGAGUACGCCUCUGAAGGUCUUCGGACUCUUUGUCUUGCUAUGCGCGAGAUCUCUGAAGCCGAGUAUCACAAUUGGUGGAAAAUCUACAACACGGCGCAGACUACAGUUAGCGGUAAUCGUGCCGAAGAGUUGGACAAAGCCGCCGAGCUUAUUGAGCGUGACUUCACAUUGCUCGGAGCGACUGCUAUUGAGGACAAACUGCAGGACGGUGUGCCAGACACUAUCGCAACGCUGCAAUCUGCCGGCAUCAAAAUCUGGGUCCUGACUGGUGACCGACAGGAGACUGCGAUCAACAUCGGCAUGAGCUGCAAGUUGAUCAGUGAAGAUAUGAGCCUGCUUAUUAUCAACGAAGAAUCGAAGGAAGCAACAAGAGACAACAUCGCCAAGAAGUACAACGCCAUCAUGAGUCAAGGUCAAGGAGGUGCUGAAAUGGACGUCUUGGCUCUAGUCAUUGACGGGAAGUCUCUCACAUAUGCACUCGAACGCGACCUUGAGAAGCAGUUCCUUGAUCUGGCUGUCAGGUGCAAGGCUGUUAUUUGUUGCCGUGUCUCCCCUCUACAAAAAGCACUUGUCGUCAAGCUUGUGAAGCGCCACCUAAAGGCCAUUUUGCUCGCCAUCGGUGAUGGUGCAAAUGAUGUCUCCAUGAUUCAAGCCGCCCACGUGGGUGUUGGUAUCAGUGGAAUGGAAGGCUUGCAGGCAGCACGAAGUGCAGAUAUCUCUAUCGGUCAGUUCCGUUUCCUGCGCAAGCUACUUCUUGUCCACGGCGCGUGGAGCUAUCAGCGUGUCAGCAAAGUCAUUCUGUACUCCUUCUACAAGAACAUUGCUAUGUUCAUGACACAAUUCUGGUUCUCCUUCCAGAACGCUUUCUCAGGACAAAUCAUCUACGAAUCUUGGACGCUCACCUUUUACAACGUGUUCUUCACGGCGGCUCCCCCAUUCGUCCUCGGUAUCUUCGAUCAGUUCGUCAGUGCUCGUCUCCUGGAUCGGUAUCCGCAGCUCUAUCGGCUGAGUCAACAAGGUUAUUUCUUCAAGAUGCACUCUUUCUGGUCUUGGGUAGCAAACGGCUUCUAUCAUUCGCUAAUCCUGUAUUUCGGCUCUCAAGCCUUCAUCCUUUGGGAUUGGCCUCAAUGGGAUGGCCGUAAUGCUGGUCAUUGGACGUGGGGCGCUGCAUCGUACACUGCCAACUUGGCGACUGUGCUUCUCAAAGCCAGCCUCAUCACAAACAUCUGGACAAAGUACACCUUCAUUGCUAUUCCUGGAUCCUUCCUCUUGUGGUUUAUCCUCAUGCCAAUUUACGCGACGGUUGCGCCCAUGGUCAAUGUUUCGAAUGAGUAUAUCGGAGUCAUCCAGCGCGUUUUCCCGGACCCAAGAUUCUGGGCGAUGGUAAUAGUGCUGCCUCCACUCUGCUUGAUCCGAGAUUUUGCUUGGAAAUAUGCCAAGCGGAUGUACUUCCCGCAAAGCUACCACCACGUACAAGAAAUCCAGAAGUACAACAUCCAGGAUUACAGACCAAGAAUGGAGCAAUUCCAAAAGGCUAUCCGCAAGGUCAGACAAGUCCAGCGCAUGCGCAAGCAGCGCGGUUACGCCUUCUCGCAGACAGAUGAGAGUCAAGCGAGAGUGCUGCAGGCAUACGACACAACACAGGAGCGUGGAAGAUAUGGUGAGAUGGCGAGUUCGAGAAAGUAAUCGAUGUUUGUCCGGCGUUGGUGGAGAUACGAUAUGAAGGGACGACCUGUUUUGAGCUCCACGACAAGAGCCGUUCAUGGAAAAGAGUGUGUUUGGUAGCGUACUAUAUUUGCAGUAUCUUGAUGCAAUGGUUGAUGGGUGAUCCCCUGGCCUUCGCCACGAUUUGCUUCCAUGUCUUCCCACGUUCGCCAGAUGCUA